AUUCCCACGCAAGCCACGAUUGGGGGCCCAGACCCUUUGUGUAGAGCAGAGUAGAGUGUGGUUGUUGCAUUCCGCUUGCACCAUCCCGCCCAUGCCGCCCAGCACGCUAUCGCUGCGUCGCUGCAGUGCCACUCUGCUCCCCCCCCCCCCAUUGCAUGAACAGAGCUAAUCAUUCUCUUCUCCCUCGCUUGAUCCUCGUUCCUCGCACACUCGCACACUCGAACACUCGAACACUCGAACAAUCAAACACAUCCCCCGCUCAUCUCGUCACUCCACCAUCCCCCAUCGCUCGCCAUCACAUCACACUUUCCCCCCUCCUCGCUUCAACUUCCGCCAUCGCACCGAACAUUUCGGUCUCGUCCUCUUACUUCUUCUCUCUACGCCCUCCACCACGCGUCAAUAUGUCGUCCACAACAGUCAGCUGAGCUCGAUUUACAACGCCCCAAGCCCCUCUCCCUCAUUCCUCUUCUUUACCACAACACGCAAAGGGUCUGCUCGACUUUCUUCCCAUCCACUCCUGUCCACUUUC